CCUCCCUCGCCGUGCGGAGCUUCCGGCGGCGUUAGGCGCGGCGGCGCGGGGGGCUCCGCCCUGCGGACGGAGUGCAUCUUGAGUACUGUUGAAUUGUUAUAUAAAUUAUUUCCUUUAUCAGAAUUGAAAUGCUUUCAACGGGCACUUCUGCUUCUGAUGCCUUCACUCUUCUGAAGACUUACUUUGUUGCGUGGCUUAAAAGAAGAUGAUACUGUUAAUGAAUUGUGAACAUCCUUCAGGAGGCUGGCUACCCUUCAGUGGUUGGUUAAUGCUGUCAUGGACAACUUCAAAGGCUCUAUUUCAAAACACCACAAGCUGUUAUUGCACCUUAUAAAGGACUCCUGACCUUUUGCAUCUUCAUGAGUCAUAUCUAGAUGCCACCGGUGUUUCCCAUGCUAACAGUUCUGAGCAUGUUUUACUACAUGUGCCUUCGGCGCCGAGCUAGGACAGCUACAAGAGGGGAGAUGAACAGCCGGAGGGCUAUUGAAUCAAACACCCGAGCCUUACCUAUCAAUGUUGAGAUAGUUCAGUAUGCCAAAGAAGUGUUGGAUUUCAGCUCUCAUUAUGGUAGUGAAAACAGCAUGUCUUAUACCAUGUGGAAUCUGGCAGGUAUUCCAAACGUGUACCCCAGCUCUGGUGACUUUACUCAGACUGCCGUGUUUCGAACUUAUGGGACCUGGUGGGAUCACUGCCCUAGCGCUCGGCUGCCGUUUAAGAGGACUCCAACCACCUUCUGUAGCCAGGACUAUGUGGAACUUGCUUUUGAGGAGCCAGUGUAUCCCACUGCAGUGCACAUUCUGGAAACGUAUCAUCCUGGAGCUGUAGUUAGGAUUUUGGCGUGCUCUGCAAAUCCUUAUUCACAAAACCCACCAGCUGAAGUAAGGUGGGAAGUCCUCUGGUCUGAGGCACCUACAAAAGUGAAUGGUCCCCAGGCUCGGCAGUUCACACCUAGUAUCAAACAAAUCAACUUUCCCACAAAUCUAAUUCGGCUGGAAGUGAACAGUUCUCUUCUGGACUAUUACACUGAAUUAGAUGCAGUAGUACUACAUGGUGUGAAAGAGAGACCUGUGCUCUCACUUAAGGCUUCAAUGAUUGAUAUGAAUGAUAUUGAUGAAGAUGAGGAUGAAGAGAAGUAUGGCUGUGGAAUGGAUACUCUCAAUAAGCAGUUCAGCAUCGUUGCCCUCAAAGAAUGGCCAAGUAAUGGAUAUUUUGAUAAGCUGCCUUAUGAGCUCAUCCAGUUGAUUUUGAGUCACCUUACAGUACCAGACCUGUGUAGACUAGCACAAACCUGUAAGCUGCUGUAUCAACAUUGCUGUGAUCCUCUGCAGUACAUUCAUCUCAGUUUACAGCCUUACUGGGCAAGAAUUAACGACACAUCUCUGGAGCACCUACAGUCUCGCUGCACUCUCAUCCAGUGGCUGAAUUUAUCUUGGACUGGAAACAGGGGAGCCAUCUCUGUUUCUGGAUUUAGCAGGUUCUUGAAAGUUUGUGGCUCUGAACUUGUACGUCUUGAGUUGUCUUGUGGCCAUUUCCUCAAUGAAACGUGUUUGGAGGUCAUUACUGAAACGUGUCCUAAUCUUCAGGAAUUAAAUCUCUCAUCAUGUGAUAAGAUACCACCUCAGGCUUUCAACCACAUAGCCAAAGUGGGCAGCCUCAAGCGUCUCGUUCUUUACCGAACAAAAGUGGAGCAAACAGCCCUGCUCAGUAUCCUGAACUUCUGCUCAGAGCUUCAACACCUCAGCCUGGGCAGCUGCGUCAUGAUUGAAGACUAUGAUCUUAUAGCAAGCAUGAUGGGAGCAAAAUGCAAAAAGCUUCGCAGUCUGGAUCUUUGGAGAUGUAAAAACAUAACUGAAAAUGGAAUAGCAGAGUUGGCUUCAGGCUGCCAGCUUUUGGAAGAACUUGAUCUCGGCUGGUGCCCCACGUUACAGAGCAGUACGGGUUGUUUCACAAACCUUGCACGUAAACUCCCGAACUUACAAAAGCUCUUUCUUACGGCCAACAGGUCUGUGUGUGACACAGACAUUGAAGAGCUUGCAGCUAACUGUACUCAUUUACGGCAGCUAGAUAUAUUGGGAACGAGGAUGGUAAGCCCAGCAUCUUUAAGAAAACUGCUGGAGUCUUGUAAAGAUCUUUCUUUACUCGAUGUGUCCUUCUGUUCACAGAUUGAUAACAGAGUUGUCCUAGAACUGAAUGCCAACUUUCCUAAUGUGUUCAUAAAGAAGAGUUUCACCCAGUGACUCGCUGCAUAUGCUGCUAUGGAAUUCCUUUGACAGUUAUUUCCUGUGGAUUUGUGAUGAUUUUUUUUUAUGAAGAGUUCCUAUGAAAUAGUGGAUUGUAUUAAUUACUUGCACAAAUGGGUAAAAUACAUUUUAAAUUUAAAUCUAUUAUGCAUUUCCUAGAGCUGAUAUUGUACCUAAUAAUUGUUUUACUCUGUUAAUCGGUGGCACUGCAUGUUUUUAAAUACUAGCCAUAUGUAUGGCUUUAAUGGCAAGAAAAUGAAAAACAUCUUACAUGUCCCUUUAUAGGGUGUGAUACCCAGCAAAUAUGUUAAUAUCUAGAUAAAUGAAAAUGUUGAAUAAUUACUAGAAAGAAAAAAAAAAUGGGUGCUUCCUUUUUUAUUUAUGUGUAUAUGUGUGUAUGUGUAUAUAAAUGUGUACAGAUCUACGUGCACACAUAUGGUAGCAUUUUAAUUUGGUCUGCAGCACAACAUCUUAUGGUCGGGCCUACAAUUAGUUAUUUGAAAAGCUGUUUGAGCUUCAUUAAGAAUGGAUUGGAAAGACAGGUUUUCAUUUUUUGUGGCAAUGAACUGCAUCUGAUAGAUUUUCAUCCCUUCCUCCACCUGAAAUAGAUGUAGUGAUGUUUUACAGUCCAGCCUAAGUGACACAACAGAUAAAUUCAAGAACCUUCCACCUGAACUUGUAGCAGAAAUGAAAGAGAAAAUUGCCAGCUGCUUCUUGGUGUUGGAUAUAAAGUUUGAGCUGUACACAGUGUCAUAACUGAUGUGUAGAAAAUUCCAGACCAAUUCUCUUUACACACUCAAGACGGUUGGUUUGUAUACAUCUAAUUAUCCUGCACAGUAUGUAAAAUAUAGUACUUAAGUUAAUGGAUUAGCAAAUGUCCCUUGCACAGGAAUAAAAUCUGUCAAGUUGUUAAGAACAAGCAUGUUUGUUCAGUAAAACAGCAAUGAAAAUAGAGUAGUUUUGGAGGGAGAGCAGUGCGUUUUGGUGGCUUAGUAGUCUAAGGUAUUGGAUUUGAGGGUUUUUUGUGUGUUUUCUUCUUUCCCUAGAGGUGAGAGCUCUAAGUACUGUUGUACUCUCUCUCUUCAGCACUGUUGAAAUGUUGAAGAAGGAAAACUGUUGAUGAACUAUUUACGGGUUUUGUUCCUUUUGCACUUCCUUGGAUGAAGCUUUUCUCUUUUUUUCUUUAAUACCACUGCUAGAAUAUGUUGUUGUGUACAUCAAGAAUUGAAGUUAUUUUUUUUACCUAUUUAGCUAUUACUGAUGAAUAUGGACCAUGAAAUACAGCUUGUCGUUUGAUAUUGGCUCCACUGUUACUGUUGCGAUGGCACUUAUUACCUACUGGAAGAAGAGGGAAAAUACUCACCUGACAGAAAUACGUUAUUGCACUGAGGACCACUGGCAAAGAAUACUUUUCGUGCAGUACAUAACCAUCCAGUGGUAGAGGACUCCUACAAAUUGUUAAAGAUUUGACAAUCUCUGCAGUUCCUGAAUGAACACUCUGAACUCUUGUGCAGGUGCCAAUACUUUUCAAACUGUGUCACAAAACAGCUAGAAACCCAUAUCUGAGUUUUAUAAAAAGACCUCAUUCUUUUGAUUUUUUUAAUGUUACAGAAUCUUUUGGGAAUUCCAGAUCCAAAGAAGGGCAGUGCACAGUUGGCUUCUUGUUUCACUUUUUUCCUCUGCACAGAUGGCACUAUGGGAUUUCCAGCCAUAUCCAUUCCACUUUGUUCGUUUGUUUGUUUUUAGUAACCUGGACAUUGUCAGAGAACUUUGAAUUCAGAUUUUGUGAUCCCUGCUGACAGACGUCAACCUUGGCAUAAUUCCGUGUGAAACCUCAUUUCUUUCAGUCAGGUUUAGGUUGAUUUACUUUUCUGGGAACUUUUAAUGUUUUUUUUUUUAUCUAUAAGUAAUAUUUUUCAUUGUAAUUUAAUAUUGCAGGUUAUUGUCAAUAUUGCUAAUAUUGAAUUGUUAUUGUCUACAGGUAGUUAUCUACCUGUAGAGGAAUACAGGCUCGGAUAAUGGGACCUUAGAAAGAACAGUAUUUUUUAAAAAAUGUUUUUGUUGAAAAAUUUCACUUCUCAGGGUGCAUCUGUGUUCAUUUUUUUUGUUUUUGUUUUUUCUUAAGAGAUCUUGUUUUCCACUGUAAAUAGGAUGGGAUACGGAUGAAGUGAUAUCCAUUGUGCCUUUAAACUGGUGAACUAAAUAGUAUAGAGUCAUUGCUGUAGCAUCAGUGAAUCAAAUAAGUGUUUUUGUAAUCAUGUGUGUGUGAAGGAUUUCAUUCUCUAUUGCUUUGUAGGUGGUAUAAAGGAGGUUUAAAUUGACAUUUAGUUGUUCAUACUAAGGGAUAUUUUUCUUUCUUUUGUGCCUUCUGUUUAAAGCUGGUUUUAUCAGAAGUUCUCUACUGUAAUUGGAAAGAUAAAUUGAAAUCUACUCUUUAUUUGGGCUAUUUCAAACUUGGCUGUUGCUAAUGUAAUUAAUUCAAAUAGCUGAGAAAUAAUUGGGGAAGACUUUCAUCUAUAAUUGUACACUUUAACCUUCAAUCAGUGGGUAAGAAUCUCUUUUAGCUAUGGCUUUAUACCUCUAAGAUGUCUUCCAGCAAAGCAAGGAAAGACUGGACUCCAUAUUUCUGAUAUUUCCAUGAUAAGAAAAUGAGCUACAUUUAGACCUUCCUUAUGUCACAAUGAAGCAAACGUAAGUUGCUGUAUUUUGUGGUAGUUUUAUUUUAUACUUAGGCGUGUAUAUAUGUACACACAUGUACAUUUAUAUAUACACUUAUGUAUAAAUCUCAACAUUUUUCAUUUAAGAAUUACUUUAGUGAAGUACACAUAACAGCAGAAGGUGUUUUCUAGCAGCUGUGUUUUAAAAUGUUGUUCUACAGCUGAUGGAGAGGACUGCAUUUCUCUCCAUCUGUGCAACAGGAAAAACCUGGGGCCUGGGCAGUGCAGGUGUGCUGGAUUUCCUGUGUUGCUUUGCCAAAGUGCCUUUUGUUUGUCUACAGGUGAGAGAUAUUACAAGGUAUGGUAGAGUGUGAAUGCAAAGUCUGAUAACUACUGUGGUGUCUCUCCAUGUGAAGUGGUCAUAUAGAGGGAAAUUUGUUUUACUUUCAUUAAAUCCAAAGUGAAUGAUGCCAAUUGUUCUGGAACUGAGUGGUCUUUUCCAAUGGUCAGCCAUCCCUCAGUCACAUUAUCUAAAUUCUGCUUUUAAGGAUACUCCACUUUUUUUUAUCUUGUUUUUUGAUGUUGUCUAUCUUUCCUAAUCAUUGUAAAAGAUGUGUUUUGGCAAUGAAUGUUAAAAAAUGCAUUGCUAAAAUGCCUUUUUUUAAAAAAAGUGACAUGCUGUGAAGUUCUCCUGUUCUUAAACUAAAAGGGGAUUUGCUGUAGUGUAUGAAUGAAGUUGGCAUGAGCUGUCAUAUAGGGAGAGAAGUCAUGUUUAAUGUCAAUGGGAAUUUAACCAUUUAAAACAGUUUCCCAAAUUUUGAUGUUUCUAAUUCAGCGGUGUACUUGUAUUCAUAAUCAUGAAUUGUUUUGAUAGACUAAAUAGCUUUCUGGACAUGGUUGAAGCUGCUUAUGUUUAAAUUAUGCACUUGAUUAAGUACAUUAGCGUGCAGGACUUGUGUAGAAGAACGACUUUUCACAGCAGUUUGAAACUUUUAAUCCCUAUGUGCUUAGAGAUCUAAAUUUGGGACAAAAAAAAAAAAACCCUAACAAAAUAGGGGAAGCUCACUGUAUUUCUUGCCCAGUUGUUAGGGCUCUCAUGUCAUCCUUUCCAGAUAUAAGGUGUCCAGUAAUCAUGGUACAUAGCGAGUGGAACUCAGUAAGUGCUUUUUCUCUGAAAGUUUGACAUCUGGUUUAAGUGAGGAAUCUGGGCACCUCUAGAGAGCUAUUAAUCUCCUCCUUAGAUGUUUGAGAAAAGUCAAAUGAAUCGUUUCCUGAGGCCUCCCUGAGGAGGCUCUGGAAGCUGUGAUUUAGCUCAGGUUAGAUACUUUGCUUCAGAAUACUAACCUGAGGUUAAUUCCAUCCAGCAUUGUUCUACCAGCCUUGGAAUAGCAAAAAAAGUUAGAACAACAUCCAUCCCCAAACAUCAAAACUUUUGAAAAUCUAUCCAGAAGGAGGCAAAUUAAGGAGAAGCUGAAUUGAAAAGUCUGUCUUUAUAAUGCCAGGAACUGCUUCUACUCUUGAGUCCCUUGGCAAUGUCCAGGGUGUCUUUUUCUUAAAUUGAAAUGCAUCCCCUUUCUCUAUUUUAAAACAUCAUCUACCUACCUAUCUGGCUGUACGUAUAAUUCUGUAAAUGCAUGAGAUUAACUGGGAAACAUAACUAAUAUAUUGCAGUUAUUUUUAUAAUCUUUCAUAUUGCUGUAAUUAAGACUAUGACUACUUUAAGUGCUCUCCUGUCAUCAGAAAUGUUACCCACUGUGUACUUGCAAAAUUGUGUGUUUAGUCCUAGUUUAUACUGUGUGUACUUACUGCAUCUUACGGGAUACGUUUCACACGUGAAAUCUGCAGGACUGCUCAAUUUACAAAAACUAGGUAAAAUGUAGCAUUUUCUUAUAUGGAGCUUGGGAGUGGCUUUAUGUAUUGAUUUACAUGUUCAUUAUUACUCUUUUGCAAUGAUUCCAUAUGUUGUAGCUUUUGAUAUUGCUAGGCUAAAGAUUUCUGGUUUAAUGCAUCUGUACAUGCUGUGUUAGACACGGACAACUUUUUUCCAAAAUAAAAGUGUUUGUCUUUCA